AGAGUCGUGGCUGUAAACCAUCAACUCUCUUGACUUCAGUCUACCCACCGUCUGAAUCAAGAGCAUUGUUCCCAACUUACUAGUCAUCGCCCAUUAUUCUAACAUUUUUUCCAUAACAUCGAUCUAAAAUGGUCGUCGUUGCAGUUGCUGGAGGUACCGGAAACGUUGGGCGAACUUUGGUUGAGGCCAUUGUCGCCGCUGGCAAACAUGAGGUCAAGAUUCUCGCCAGAAAGGCAAACCCUGAACUGGAGAAGAAGCUUGGAGCUUCCAUAAUCGCUGUUGACUAUGCCGACAUUGAGGCCACAACCAAGGUCCUUGAAGACAACAACGUUCACACCGUCAUCUCCGCCAUCAAUAUGAUGCCCCCGACAGGCGAAGCUCCCAGGGAGUUUGAACUGAUCCGUGCCGCCGAUGCAUCAACGACAACUAAAAGAUUCAUCACGAGCGGCUGGGGCGUGCCCCAUACUGAGAAACAAGGCAGUCAACUGCCCUCAAUUCCUAACAAGCUCAAAGCUAAGGCUCUGCUGAAAGAGACCAAAGGCCUCGAGUACACAGUUAUCCACAACGGAUACUUCUUGGACUACUGGGCAACGCCUGCUAUCCCGUCCAACAUGACUCCUUUCACACUCGUCCUCGACAUCCCAAACAACGUUGCGACCAUUCCUGGGUCUGGUAACACUCCUGUUGCAUUCACUCACACCGCAGACGUGAGCAAGUUUGUCGCCGCCGCUUUGGACCUCGAGAAGUGGGAGCCUGAGACUUUCAUUGUUGGUGAUAAGGUCACCUGGAAUGAGUUUCUUCAGCAUGCGGAGGCUGCCAAGGACACGAAGUUCAAGGUUACCUACGACAGUGUCGACAAGUUGAAGACUGGACAGGUGACGGAGCUCCCUUCCCAUGUUCCUGUGUAUCCCUUCUUCCCCAAGGAGGCCUUGCAGGGCAUGGCUUCCUUGUUUGGUCUGUGGUUCGAGGACGGAGUUUUUGACCUUCCCCCUGCUGGUACCAAGACCCUCAACGAGAUUUUCCCCGAAAUCAAGGCUUGGACUGUCAAGGACAUCCUCAACGCUGCUUGGAAGAAGGCCUAGUUGCACGCAGCCGAGAUAAGAUAGCUCAGAGCUUGAAUAAAAUAGUUCUUUUCGAAUUUCUCGUUAUGUUUGUUUUAGCGAAAGGCACAAUUUUAUUCCCUUCGAUUUGAGUAUGAAAAAGUCUGAAUUCUAUGAGGCGCGUACGGAACCAGUACUAGUCCGGGGUGCACUUUCACCCGAUGAUAUUUGGAAUGAAACCAUAGUCUGACACAGGAGGCGUUGGGAUGCUGAGGGAUUUAGAAUAGCGCAAGAACUCAGAAAGCAAAGCGGCUUGUAUAAAAGUCGUAUACCGUUCGCUGAACCUCUACGAGACUCCAAAUUCACAGGAAAACCUUUCCCCUUGUGCUCCCUGACAACUCUCCCCAGUUUCCAUGGAUAAUCCAAUAACGUGCUUACAUCUUCACCCUCGGGAUCCCAAUCCAUACAGAGUCGCAAGUCGCUAAGUCCACCCCAUUUGCGUCCUUCAAUACCGCCCGGAGAAGCAGCUUCUUGCCGCGAAUUUCCUUGAUCUGCCCGACCCCAAGAACAACCCCUGGCGUGACAAUCGGCUUGAGGUAUUUGAUGUCCAUCGACGAGGUCACGGUGUUCAUCUUGAACACCGGGUGAUCUCUGUCAGUAUCCAUGUUCCUCUGGAUGAGGACGCCGAGCACCUCGUCGAUGAGCACUGCGGUCAUGCCGCCAUGGGCGAUCCCUGGAUAACCGUCGAUGCCUUGCGAGAGUGCGAAGAGCGUCGAUAAUUUGGUGAUGACGGACUGUCCUGGGCUCUCGGGGUGGAAGCUGAUACACGCCGGUAUACCCUCCGAGUGGUUGAGUGUCUUGCCGAAGAGCCUGUCGUGCGGGUUCAAGUUCUUUGGGUCGCGGGAUUGCGGGGUGAAGGUUGUGAUGCCGGGGCUCUUUAGGAGCGCGCGACACCAUGGAAGCGCCUCGAGUUCGCUCAGCGUCUGUGGCAGUUGGCUCGCGCUUGCUGAGGCGCCUGUGUUGUGAUCCAUUGUGAUGCGCUAGUUUCGCGCGCAGUCAAUAUACCGGUUGUUGAGUGUUGUUGGCGGUGAGUUGUUGAUCUG